CUCAGCGCUCAGCUCACGAGCUUCCCAUGGUGGAGAAGCAGGACAUGGACAGCUGCUCCGUGCUCGGCGGCCAGCAGAUGAUCCUGACCGGGCAGAACUUCAGCUCCGAUUCCAAGGUCAUUUUUACGGAGAAGACUCAGGAUGGGCAGCAAAUUUGGGAAAUGGAAGCCACAGUGGACAAAGACAAGAGCCAGCCUAGCAUGCUGUUUGUGGAGGUGCCGUCGUACCGGGACACGUCCGCCUGCCACUCGGUCAAAGUGAACUUCUACGUCAUCAACGGCAAGAGGAAGCGCAGCCAGCCUCAACAUUUCACCUACACUCCUCUGGCAUCUCCGUCCAUCAAGACAGAGCCCAUAGAUGAGUAUGAAGUCGACCACAUGGGCUUCGCCGUGCCUCAGAUCUUAGGUUUAUCCCCUCAUCCCUACUACCACAACCCCCGCAGCCUCCUCCACCCAGACAACGGCCUGGUGUCCAGCAUGUCCUCCUGCCAGCGUCUCAGCUCCAGCCUCCCGAACCAAGACGCACGUUUCCAGCAGCAGAGCCCGGCCAUCGUCUACUCCCGCGGGGGCAAGAGUCUCAGCGGCAGCCAGAGCCUUUAUCAGCCGACCGGAGGGAUGAUGACCGACCCGCACCGGUCCGUCCUGGUCCACACGGGCUCCUCGGCUCAGUCUGUAGGUCCCAUCGGUGCGGGCCAGCACCCCUCCAUCAUCCAGUUCUCCCCCACCAACCAACACCUGCUCCGGGGAGGAGACCCUCAGCCUCUCGCCGCUCCGCAGCCCGACACCCAGCAGAUCAUCUACUGCGACGGCUACUCCCCUCGCUCAGCCAGCGGCCACUCACCCACACCCCCCCAGGCCCAGGUCGAUGUCACCCAGCCUCAGCACUACCCCACCGUCAUCCAGCAGCAGCCCUACAUGCAGAAGGCGCAGCAGAAAGGUCGGGCCCCAGCCAGCGCCGAGCAGAUGGAGGCUCCGGGGGACGGACAGAGGAGGGUGACGGUCAAAGAGGAGAACCUGGACCAGGCCUACCUAGAUGAUGUGAAUGAGAUCAUAAGGAAGGAUCUGACGGGCGUUCAGGCCAGAGGACAGACAUAGAGACACAGAGGCCAGACUCCAGCAGCAGGAAGUGACAACAACACCCCACCCCCCCUCGACACACACACACACACACACACACACACACACACACACACACACACACACCAAUUAGACCUCCCUCAUUUCUUCAGCCGCAGACGUAGGAACAUCAGCUCUGGAUGUUUCCUGCAGGAAACCUGAAGAAUCAGUGAGACCCGUCACGUCUGCAGCAGGUUUUUCCCGACACCACAGCGACAAACACAGAAUGUGCCUUAUUCUGUUCAUCUCCUCUCCAGGCUCCGGGUUUUGUUUUACAAAAGCAAGAUAAAAUAAAAAAUAAAAAUCCCCAGAACAGCAGCAGCAGCCAUAAAACACACGUUCGCCUCACACUCGUGAAUGAAGCUUUCGCAGCAGUUUCUUUGCAUCGCACCAAAAAGUUCAGCCCAGAUACGACAUAUCAGAUAUUCCUCGUGACCAAAAAUCUUUGUCUUUGAUUGUUCUCGCACAAUGUGCAAGUUUUCUAACUUUUACAUGAAGAGUGUCCAAAGCCGAUCAUCUCAUUCUUAACGUGCAGUUUUUUUUUCUGAAAGUGAGACGCACGCUGCCUUAACCUUACACAGUUGAACUAUUGCGACGCGCCCGAUAUGCACUGUUUUCAAUAAGAGGGGCUCAAUGCAAUUACUUUGUUUUAUAUAAUAUUGAGUCAUGUGAAUAAUGUACCAUUUUAUAUUCCUAAAAUAUAUAUUGCAUUAUAUUCAGGUGACGUUUUCUAAUGAUUUCUAUGCUUCGGUUGUUUGACAUCGUUCGAGGUCUGAAGUCUGGCUCCUGAAAGCUGAAGAUUUAAAGGUGGUUUUAUUGCUUUUUUUUUUUUUUUUAUUAAUCAAAUUUUAUUUGUCUGUUUUAUUUCUGAUCGUAAUAACAUAUUUAGUCUAACACAAAAAUAUCCAAAGCUUAUUCUGUGUGUGUUGUUUUGUUGUAUGAGCCGUGUAUCGUGUUGGAUUUACAGUCCACCUGUAACGUCGAGCGGCCGCCUGUGCAGAGGCUUCGUGCCGUCACACGUAGAGAUUUUAUUUUCCGCAGCUGCCGUCACACUGUCCGCACGAUGGCGACAUACAGUCUGGAUUACUGGUGUGCUUUAUACGAAGGGCAGCAGUUUAAAAACAAUGUCUUUGUGAUAUUUUGUUCUAUUUCAAAUAGAAGUAAAUGAAUUGGAGUGGACCUUAAAAGUGCCAAGUGUCAUUUCUGUGAUUAUAAAAGAAAAACAAAAGUAAAAUAUACGACUGAAUCUCAAUGUUUAAUAUUUGAUAUGGACCUAUUUGAUAUAAUAAGAUUAUAUUUUGUAAUAUUAGCAAAGCUGAUAUAUUUCUCAUUGAGCCAGUACAGCACAAGUGCAUUUGACAUUUCUUGAAUGUAAUCUAUAUAUGACAUAGUUUGUUUUUUUUCCCCUUCCCUGUAAAUAUUAGACACAAAGUGCGAUUGUUGAAGUGGAAGUAGAAUGUUUCGUAUCCUUUAUCUGUUUAUAAUUCAGUUAUCAUCAUAUCUUUCAUAUGUUUUAUUACCAUGUACAAGUCUGUUGUCGUCUGAAGGGAAUUUAUGAUUUACAUGACCUUAAAUUUGUUAAAGUUUCCCCUUAAUAGGUUCUAUUUUUGUUCAUGCAUUUGUUAUUAUAAUUAUUAUUAUAAUUUUACAGUCCUUUAAAAAAAAAAAGUCUUUGGUUAAUGAAGGGUUAUUAAUUCUGUCUUAUUUUAUUUUCUGUGUCGAUAGUUUUGUCUCGUAUUUGUUUCAGUUUGAGUCUCACUCGACCUUGUGCCGCCUUUUAAAAAGUCUGUCUCAUGCUAUUUUUGUAUCCUUAAAAGUAGAAAUA